AUGUCCCAGCAACGUGAACGAUACUCGCCGCCUCAUACGCCUCCCUCCCAGACCGCGCGAUUCAAGCCAAAACGCGGAUACUCGGCACGACCGUCCAUUCGGGAUGCGUUCCCAGACGCCAUGGAGAACCCCCAAAGCGAGUCUGGGGACGACCGGGAUCCGCAUGAUCUGUCCCUUUCCCCGCAACAUGCGGCGCGAACCUCGAUCGUGGACAACAUGCUGCUCUCGCUCGAUCAGUUCGCCUCGACCUCGUCUGUUCUAGAUGACUAUCGUCUGUUCAAUUCCGCGUUCGAGAACGACCACAGCCACUUCUCCCAGGAUUCCACCCAUGGCCGAUACCGGGGCCAUACGUUCUCCUCGUCUCAAUCCUCGGAGCCAGAAUACGGAUAUGAAGAUGGGAGUGGCCGGUAUGCCACACUCACAGCGACCAAGGGACGACGGAGCAACAGUAGUUCGACCUACCAAACGGCACCGAGACACGCGGGGAGCUCGCGUGGGGGGGAUGCCAUUAGCUCGCGCGGUGUGGGCUCAAUGCCACGAACGAACGCCGCCCGCAAUGGGAGCAAAGGAAGCUCUUCCUCUACAGCAGACUACUCGUACACCAUCCCGAGGGCGCGGACCGACCAAGGUUUGAGUCGACGCUCAGCGAGCUUUGACUGCGGGCCCAAGCGGGCGUUUGCGCCUUACGAUGAUACAAAUAUGGCUCAGGACUCGAUUCUGUACGACGACCACGAGGCCGCACCCACCCCAAGUAUCCCGGCGGGACCACGCAAGGUGACAGACUAUAAUCGACCAUCGAACACGGGGGCCUCGCGAACACACGCAGCAAAAUCGACACAGGCGCCCCAGGGCCGAGCAGCUCGUCUCGAUGAUCUCGGCACCGGGACUCCCAGAGUCCGGGAGAAUGACUUCCCAAAUAUGACCGACACAGAGUUAGAUCUUCCCCCGACCAUGCCGGGGUCUUUCGACCCUCCGGCCCCCAGCCCAACGAUCUCCUACAACAAGCCAGCCCUCCCUACCACGGAUCCGACCUCAAAUACGACUAUUCCGAUGGUUAUGCCCGCCCCCAACCCGCCCCCAAGCAACAAAGAACGUCCGGGAUUCUUUCGACGUGUUUUUGGGUCCAAGAAUCCAGCUCCGGGGCCGGCUUGGCCUCCUCAGGAGACACCAAACUAUAGUCCGAGCGAGUUAGCAUAUUUACAGGAUACCGCGAUCAGGGAAGCGUCCGCAGUGGCUGCUAGCCACAAGACACGGGUUCAACCAGCUGCUCAGAGCUCGGCGGGAACUUCACCUGCCUCUGUUCGCACAGGACCCCAUCAGGUGGUGAACAAGAAGUCUUCCUUCUUCCGCAGGAGGAAGAGAUCCGUGGCCGAUCAUAUUCCGCCGCCAAUCGUAAUUCCCCAGCAUCUUGCGCCCCAAGCCUUGGAUAAUAUGAAGCCCGAGCCAAGCCCAGUGAGUAGCCUGCGCCAGGUCAUGAAUCCAUACCUCGAUGAAGAUGUAGACCAAAAAGAUGACGCAGAGUGGGAAGCUAAGAUUCGACAGCCCACCUUUUUGCAGGCGCAAACAAAGCGAGAGAGUGUUUCGGCUCCGGGAGCCCCCAAAGCGAUACUUCCCGUCCAACCCUCCGCUUCUCGUGCCCAGGAGCGUGCACCGCUUGCAGAGAACCGGGCUCAGCUUCCAAAGGCUGAAGGGAGCACAAACUCGGCUCUGCAGGAGAAGUCACAGAAUGUGGCCCAGUCAGCCGCGCUCUCCCCGGUAGAGGAGAACUUCUCCCGCAGCAUCAAGUCACAGGCGGAGGUCCCUUCGGCCAAUGUGGCCAGAUUAGCACUUCCAUCUGAUGACGUAGCUUGUGAAUCCCCUGUCGAUUCUGUUUCGACAGCCUCACACUAUCAGACUGCGGCGAACACUCCACUUAUCGAGCAAGACGAGCACAAGCCAGCUGCCGAAGCCGAAGAUCAAGAAGAUGGGCCAGGCGACGCGAUUGAAGAUGGUCCCACGGCGGCGGAUCGAGAGCAAGCUCAGAGGCUAUUCGAUAGCCAGGAUGAGGUCGUUGGCGAUGACCCCGCUGCCGCUUGGCUUGGUGAUCCUGAUCGAGCGGCAAUCCGUGAAGCAUACAUGCGAUUGUUCAAUUGGUCGAAUCUCAACAUCGUUGCCUCGCUUCGGUCACUCUGUGAUCGUCUGGUUCUCAAGGGAGAAACUCAACAGGUCGAUCGAGUGCUGGAUGCCUUUUCGACCAGAUGGUGUGAUUGCAACCCAAGCCAUGGGUUCAAAGCCACUGACGUUGUUCACACCAUCUGCUAUUCCAUUCUCUUGUUGAACACCGACCUGCACUUGGCUGACAUUGAGUCCAAAAUGACCAAGUCUCAAUUUGUUCGAAACACCAUGCCCACGAUCCAUCGAGUCGCAAUGGACGCCGCUCCCGAGGGCUUUGAGACACUUCGCCCAAUCAAGGCCCAGCCCCAGGAAGCAGUCUCAGCGCCUACAUCGGCACGCUCGGCCAAUUUCCCGUCGGACGCUGUACGGAAUUCUUUGGACAAGGACAGCGAAUCUAAUGUGGACGCCGGCCCACUGGUUAACGCGCCAUUCGUUGGAACUGUGAGAGCCUGGGAGCAGCAAGUCGAAGCCGUUCUGAAAGAGUUCUACACAUCCAUUCAGAAAGAACGGCUUCCACUCUUUGGCGCGCAGCCAGGGCGAGAAGUCUCCCGCAUGUCGUCGAACAACUUUCUGGGACCUUCUAGCGGUACACUCCGCAGGAGUCCCAGCACUAUCAGCAAGAGUGGCUCCGAUAUCUUCCCUCGUGGUCGCUCGGCAAACUCUAGCCAUGGGGCUGCGCGGUGGUCCUCUAAACCUCGAUCACGCGCCGGUAGAUUGUAUCCACCUUCAAUGAUGGGCUCCAGUCGUACCAGCCUCGACGAUCAGUCCUCUGUUUGGAGUCCCACUAGCUCCAGUACUUGGAGCAAGUAUUCCCUAGGCAAGUUCACAUCAGCUUCGGUGGACUCCUUUGGCUCAGACUUCCCGCGUGGCGAUUAUCAGCAGUCGAUCGGUUUCGCCAAUGCCCUCAGCCAGGCCAUCAUUCGCGAGGAUUCUGCAACUUCGGUCUACAGCUAUGAGGAGCCCGAGCGGACCACCCCGCUUCUUGAGGAUGACACCUUGGCUUUGGCCGGAGCGCCGUGGGCUAAGGAAGGAAGCGUGAAACACAAGCAUCAUCUAGAUGCGGUGGACAAACGGGCCAAGGACCGCAACUGGAACGACUGCUUCGCAGUCAUUCAGCAAGGCUGGAUGCGACUUUUCUCUUUCAACAAUUCCACGAAGUCAAUGCGGCAAAAGUCUAAACAGCCUGGGGGUGUGGUUGUCGGUGGCGGUAAUUGGACUGAGAAUGCCGACGAACUUUGGAAAUUCAUGCUGCGCCAGACCAUCGCUAGCGCGUUGCCGUCGCCAGGGUACUCCAAGUCCCGUCCCCAUGUUUGGGCUUUGAGUCUCCCUACGGGGGCGGUCCACCUCUUCCAAGCCGGCACACCCGAGAUUGUCCGCGAAUUUGUAUCAACGGCAAACUACUGGAGCGCCCGUCUCUCCAAGCAGCCACUUGUGGGAGGCAUAAGUAAUAUCGAAUAUGGAUGGAGCGAUGCGGUCAUCAACAGUGCCUUGGUUGGUGGCGGCGAGAGUCGAUCACCGCCGCCUUCAUCAGGCGCGCGGCCAAGCAUCCAGAGCUCAAUUCGCAGUUCUAUCGACCAGCAAGGGAUACGCCCUCGACUCCCCGCCGAUCGGGUGAAUAUCAGCGACUGGAGCCCACCCCAGCAGAGCAUGGUUGCCUCCAACAUAAGUGAGGAAGAGCAGUUGAAAGCACUGCAAGAUUACGUGAAGAAUGUGGAGGACGAUCUCUCUCGUCACAACGAACUACGUUCUGCUAUGAAUCUUGCAUUCUCUCCGCGCCAUCCCAAUGCCGCCAAGGCCAUGGCAAAUUGGGAGCGGAAAUCUUCAUACCUCCUACGAGAGAUUGUCAAAUUCCGCACCUACAUCGAUUCCUUACGCAACGCUAUCGGCUCCAAACACAAGAUUCUGCCUUCUGCCGACCCUGAAAAGGGGAAGGAAUCCUCUGCGGAGUCGGUUGCUGCGUGA